AUGGAGGAAUUGGAAGCUAAUUGUAUGCAAAUGGCUCCGUUACUUGAAAGCGAAGGAGACAACAAUCGGUUGCCAGAAGUUGGUGGGCUUAUAAAGGAUGCUGCUGCUGAAGAGCUAAAUCUAAAAGCCAGAAUUGAAGAGGCUGAGAAGCUGCUUGCAAAGAUCAGGCAAGAUAAGCUUGAGCUGGCUGAAGACAUAGCGCAAAGGGUGUGUGAUCGGAGAUGUACCCUUCUUCCUCGGUUGAACUGCUUAAUUAGUUAUGGAAGGGGACUCGAAUACUGCUUGACCCUGGAGAGGGAGAAAAUGAAUAUAUUGCAACUCUUUCUGCUUCGUUUCACAGACAAAGCUAACCAAAGAAAACCAAUUCAGCCCUGCUUGCCAGGAGAAGAGAUAGCUAAACGUAAAUUGAAUUUCAGGAUGGGACACGGAACCAAAAGUUUGGCUAAGGAAAAACAGCUUCUGAAACAGAUCAAUGUGAGCCAGAAGGAGGGUGUUUGUUUAUUUUCCUCAUUUGAAGAGGAAUAUCAUAUGCUUCCUGAAUUUUAUUCAUGGCGGCAUUACGAGAGACGGUAUCAGACCAAUCAGAGAAAUAUAGUUAAAUACCGCCUAAGACAAAUCCAACAACUUAAAUGGCAAAGGGAAAGUUUGGCAGUUCUAUUGCAAGGGCAAUGGGAUGAAGCUAUUGCUAAUGCUAGUGGGAAUGCUAACGCUUAUGCCAAUUCUGCUGCCAAUGCUGCUGCCAAUGCUAUUGCCAAGGGAAAGAUUUGGGAUUCUUUGGGUUCAAAAAAGUCCUUACUGGAACAAAUCGAAGUUACUGGUAAGGCGAUAGAUGGAUUAACUAAAUUACUGUUGGCUGUGCGGCCAAAAAUUAACCAAGUUGAGAAUGAAUUGAAGGUCGCUGAGAAAGAAAUAGAGACCUUGCAGAAAAAACUACCAUGGAUUGAUCAGAAGAAAGAUGAAGCACACCAAUGCAUUCACAAACUGAAAAAACAAGAGUGA